AUUUGUACAUGAACAAAAAUUAUAUUGUCGUGUAUGUAUGUAUGAUCAAGGUGAUCCUAAUGCCUCUAGAUCCUUAGAUUCCUAUAUCCUUAUAACCCUAGAUUUUAGAUAUCCCUAGAUCCUUAUAUGUAUGUAUCACUAUAUCUGAGAUUUAUAAACAAUUUUGACAUUAUUGCAGAGAUUUUCAGUAGGAUGAAUACAUACAUUGGAAUUAAUAGAAAGUUACUGUAUAAAUAAAUGAUCUACAGAAAGAAGCAAAAAUCCCGACGCUUAUCGAUUCGCAAAAAGGAACGAAAUUGUAGGUGGCUCCACGACAGUGAUGCGGUUCAUCAACAAUCGUUGUAGUUCGUUAAAUAAAUUAGUUUUGCAGUUUUAAUAAACAUUAAUUAGAUGAGAAAAUUAGAUGUACAAGAGGCCUGGGGCGCUGAAAGGUUAGAGGCGCAGUUAGAAGCAGCCCGAGAUGGUCUACGAGGUCUCGAUCGAAGCAUUCGAAAAAUCUUGGGCCGGGAUCUCCCUGAUGGAGAAAACGGCCCAAUACAACCACCACCCAGGUUAAAUACACAUAGAUUGUCUCAAAAGAGACCACUACAAGAAGAUAGACGGCGUGUUGUAUCAGACUUUGUCAACAAUGAAUUACCUGGUGGUAAACGCAGAUGGCAAGGUUCAAAUGGUGAACCAAAAACAGUUUUCAGUCGUUUAAGUGCACGUGUACCCUCUAAUAAUGAUGAUAGUGCUGAUGAAGAUGAUAAUGUUAUCAAGCCAGCAGUAUCUUCAAGGGUAAUAGCAACUCCAAGGGAAAUCCCAUCUCGCCAAGAAGUUAUUAGACGCGAAAGAAUAGAUGAACGCAGCCGACAAAGGAAUAAACGAAUGUUUGGAGCUCUUUUAGGUACUUUACAGAAGUUUAGGCAAGAAGAAACUAAACUGAAAGCAAAGGAAGAUAAGAAAGCAGAAGUGGAGGCAAGGGUAGAAGAAGCUCGAAGAAGAGAGAAAGAAGAGUUGCGAAGGGAAAGGCAACAGUUGUUUUUGUCACGUAAACGGCAAUUAGCUGAAGUACGAGCAUUAGAAGCAAAGUUAGCACGCAGUCGACAGUUUCAAGAUUGGCGCGCUGCACAGUUACCGCUCGCUUCCUUUAUAAAAACACGUGCUCAACCUGCUAUUUACUACGUACCAAAGCGUAAACAUCCACAAACCGAUAUUUUGUUGGCUCAAUCUGCGAAAGAACUUCACGAGGAAAUCGAACGAAGGGAGAAAGCAUUAGUCGAAGAGCUUGAAUUAAUAGAAGUACAAGUAGGUCUUGGUAAACAUCAACAAAGUUUCGAUGGAUCAGCAACAAUAAAUACGACAACGGAAGUUCAGCAGUCGACGGAAGAAGGAGAGGAAAAUCGCGAUCCAAAUCCGGAACAAACAGUGGAACUAGAGAAUAAUGAAGAACCUGCUCCUCCGGUAAAAUUUGAGAAGAAUGAGAACUGCGAUAAUUCAAAUGAUAUCGAAGUAAAGGAAGAAGUGCAAGUAGAUGAGGCAAAAGAUGAAAAUAAUGGCUAGUAUUAAAUGUACUUACAAAGCUUGUACAUAUUACGUACAUUGGAUGGUCCAACGAAAAAAAAGUUUUUCUUAUACGACACUUCAUGCGUGUGGAUAAAAUGUACAAUUUUCGAAAGGAUUUCACUUUCUACUUGUUCUCGUAUAGAUACAAAUUCAUUCCCUUCAUCGGAUUACAUACUCAUUUUUUCAUCAUGCAUCAAAUGACGGAAGUUAUUCAAAUUUUUCUUAGAUUUAAGGAAAAAUAUCAGUAAGGAUAGUUGCAAUUCAUUCAGAUCCCAUAUUUUUUAAAUGUUACAUAUUUAUAUGAUGGCUGUUGUAGCAUAUUAUUUAAGUAACUACCAUUUUGUAGGGAGAAUGAAAGAACAUGGUGGAGAAAUAAGUAUGUUGGUAAACUAUUUUAAAUUGAUUCGAUACCUUUUCUAGAUUUGAAAAUUGUGUAUAAUAGUCCGUUUACUGAUUAUUUUGUAACAAUAUAAUUUUUUUUUUAACGCAUCUUCGAAAACGAAAAGCAUUAAAUGAAGCAUUUAAUGCUUUACGUACAUGAUAGAAUAGAGUAAUAUAAAUUCCAAUCUCAAGCAUAUCUUAUGCAAACGUAUUAUAGUUCAAAUUCUUUUCAAAUUCUGUUCUUUUAAUUAUACGACUCAUACAAAUUUGUCACGUGUAUAAUAAAUAUUAAUCGAUAUGAAAAA